GCUCUUCUGAGUUGUAAGAUAAUAUGCGACGUCGUGAAAACUAUAAACAAGAUUUUAUUUCCACACGUAUGAAGGAUACCAUGUGGUUUCGGUCCUUCUAAAUCAGUGAUCUUCAAAGCUCCACUCUGCCACUUUAACUAUCUCACCCUUAUGAAGACGGAAAGUAUAGGCAACGUAGGGUAUCUAAGCUAAGAAGCCAUACGGGAUUCAGGCUCUGGCUUGAAGAUCACUGAUGCGUUCCACCCCCACCGAGCUCUUCUCAUCUGGCAAGUUGACGGCACUGGAUAAACUCUGGUCUGGACCAUGGACAGUCGACACUGAGAAAGCACCCAGGCAUCAUCGUCUCUCACGUGAGAGAAAGAGAGAGAGGGAGAGAGUGUGAGAGAGAGAAAGAGGAAGGGAACGAGGCGAAGAGCGUGGAGGGAAGACAAAAGUGAAGAAAAAAAAGAGUGGAGCAGUCCCUCAAAAGAACUUGAGAAGGUGUCGGAUUUUCCGCUGAUAAGAUGCGGUUGCCGGCAACCUUUGCCGGUCUUCUGCUGCUUAUCCGGCUGUCUAGGAGCGAAAUCCUGACGCCACCGUAUUUUAAUUUGGCCGAGGGCAAGGAAAUUGAUGCUUCGGCUACGUGCGGCGUCGACACCACCGGCCCCGAACUCUAUUGCAAACUUGUCGGCGCGAACGCCGAUCAGGAUGAAGAUAUCAACUUAAUUCAAGGCCAGGUAUGCGAUUAUUGCGAUCCUGACAAUCCUGAAAAAAGGCAUCCUCCCGAAUAUGCGGUCGACGGUAUGGAGACGUGGUGGCAAUCACCACCUUUAUCCAGGGGGAUGAAAUAUAAUGAAGUUAAUCUAACGAUUAACCUGGGACAGGAAUUUCACGUGGCUUACGUUUAUGUGCGAAUGGGCAAUUCGCCUCGACCAGGACUCUGGGUUCUGGAGAAAUCGAAAGAUUACGGCAAGACCUGGUCGCCCUGGCAAUACUUUUCAGAUUCCGCCAGCGAUUGCCUGACUUAUUUCGGAGUAGACAGUCAUAAACCUAUUAUUCGUGAUGAUAGUGUGAUCUGUACGACUGAAUACUCAAAAGUUGUCCCACUUGAGGGUGGCGAGAUUCCAAUUUCGAUCCUAAAUAAUCGGCCCUCAGCGAAGCACUAUUUCAAUUCGACUUUAUUGCAAGAAUGGACGCGGGCGACCAACGUUCGUUUUCGCUUUCUCAGAACGAAAAACUUGCUAGGGCACCUGAUGUCCGUUGUUCGACAAGAUCCUACCGUCACUAGAAGAUACUUUUACUCGAUCAAAGAUAUCAGCAUCGGUGGUCGUUGUAUGUGCAACGGUCACGCAGACAUUUGCGACAUUCAAGAUCCUAACAUGCCGAAGAAACUUGUCUGCCGAUGCCAGCAUAACACCUGUGGACCUCAGUGCGCGACGUGUUGUAAGGGUUUUGAACAGAAGAAAUGGAGGCAGUCUACAGCAUCACAAAAAUUCAUAUGCGAACCCUGCAACUGUUUCGGACAUUCGGAUGAGUGCAUUUACAACCCAGAAAUUGAUGAAAAACAUUUAUCACUUGACAUUCAUGGUAAUUAUGAGGGCGGUGGUGUUUGUCAGAAUUGUAGACACAACACUGAAGGCAUUAAUUGUAACCGUUGCAAGCCCAGGUUCUACAGACCAUGGGAUAAGCCACUCAAUGCAACCGAUGUAUGUCAACCUUGUAACUGCGAUUAUUUUUAUUCGACUGGGAACUGCGCCGAUUCCACUGGAAAAUGCGAGUGUCGAAAAGAAUACACGCCACCGAACUGCGACACUUGCAAUUACGGAUAUUUUGGUUAUCCUAAUUGCAUACCCUGCCAGUGUGAUUUGCGGGGUACUGAUGGUUAUCAUUGCGAAGCAACCGAUGGUUAUUGUCCUUGCAAGCUAAACUAUGCAGGCCACUACUGCAAUCUUUGCGCAGAGGGAUAUUAUAAUUUUCCUGAUUGUUUACCUUGCAAUUGCAAUCCUGUGGGCGCCCUGAAUGAUGUCUGCGAUGUGAUAUCCGGUAACUGUACAUGCAAAAACAACUACGGAGGCAGAACGUGUGAUAUUUGCGAGGACGGAUAUUUUAAUUAUCCUCUUUGCACAUAUUGCAAUUGUGAUGCGCGCGGAACAGAACCUGGCAUUUGUGACAAAAAGGACGGCGUUUGCUUGUGCAAGGAAGGAUACGGUGGCGUUAGAUGUGACCAAUGUAUCCUUGGAUACUACGGCUAUCCAAACUGCGUACCAUGCAACUGCAGUUCUGUCGGCUCAUCCAGCAUCAGUUGCGAUUUUGCGGGCAAAUGCUCAUGCCUUGCCAACUUUGCCGGAAGAACUUGUAGUCAAUGCAGUCCAGGAUACUACAAAUACCCGGAAUGCAUUGCAUGCAAUUGCGAUAGUCACGGUUCGAUUGGCGUGUCCUGUGACAGCGAAGGUAAAUGCCAAUGCCGUGAAAAUUUUGACGGCAUUCGAUGCGAGCAAUGCAAAGAAGGUUAUUACAACUUCCCUACCUGCGAGGGUUGCAACUGCGAUCCGGCUGGCAUAGUCGAGACUUUCCAAGGUUGUGGCUCAUUGCCGCCCGGUGAACUUUGUCAGUGCAAGGAGCGGGUCGAGGGGAGAAUAUGCAAUCAAUGCAAGCCGCUUUAUUGGAAUCUGCAGCCUUACAAUCCAGACGGUUGCGAAGAAUGUCAGUGUAAUAUUCCUGGAGUCGUCGGCAGCAUUGGUGAGUGUGACACUAAAACUGGACAGUGUAUAUGCAAACCCAGCGUAACUGACAGAGGAUGCAGCCGAUGCAUCGAUGGAACAUACAAUCUUCAAGAAGACAAUCUUUUUGGUUGUUCCGAUUGCGCUUGUGACGUUGGUGGUUCUGUGAAUUUGAUAUGUGACAAGCAAACUGGACAAUGUCCUUGUCAACCUCGAGUCACCGGUCUAACGUGUAAGGAGCCUCUGAAGGCGCAUUAUUUCCCUACCCUUCAUCAGUUUCAAUAUGAAGCCGAAGUUGGCAAAACUUCUAGUGGCAACGACGUUCGCUACGGCUUUGCGGAAGACAUUUUUCCGGGUUUUAGUUGGAAAGGUUACGCCGAAUUUACUACUCAGCAAGAUGAAAUUGUACUGGGCGUGAAUAUUGGCAAAUCUUCGCUUUAUCGGAUGGUUUUGCGUUACGUGAACCCCAGUAAUGAGCCGAUCCUCGGCACUAUCACUAUCACUCCUGAUAGUCCAUCUGAGGUAGAACAGCAGUUUAAGGUCAAUUUUAAGCCAACCAGUCGACCAUCCUUCGUAACUGUUGCUGGAGCACAUGGCAAUCAUCCAUCGCCCAUGGUGAUGAAUCCUGGACAUUGGUCCAUCAAGAUCGCUACGAAAAAGAGUAUGUUCCUUGAUUACUUCGUUUUAUUACCCUCGGAGUAUUACGAGGGUGGCAUAUUGACGCAGGACGUGAAUGUGCCCUGCGAAGUCGGUUACAAAGGACUCUGCAGACACUAUGGAUAUCCAAAUUUGACACAAUUUGAUUCGGUCCACGGCGCCGGUGGCUUUCUUAACGAGAAUAAUGUCCGGAUUCCAUUGACCGAGUACUUUACUGAUCGCGAGACUUUGCAAGAAAUCGGCGAAGAUGAGGUGCCACUCAUUAACGAUCAGCAAGAAGAAAUUCAUUUUGAACUGAGAAUUAGCAAACCUGGCCCUCACGUUCUUGUGGUGACUUAUGUUACUCCACGGGACGAACAAGACACGUCGGUGCUGCUAAUCGAGGCGAAUACCAUUAAAGGUAAAGUCACUCUGAAUCCGUGCAGAUAUACCAGCACAUGUCGACAGGUUGUUACUGAUACCUACGGCAAGGUGGCUGUCAUGAGUUUUCCAUCGAACUACGUUAGUUUGGUGCUGACCGGUGAACCGACUUCAAACGUCGCAAUCGAUUCUAUAGUGGCGAUUCCCUAUCAUCAGUGGUCGUUGGACUAUGUGAAGCCUAAAUCUGUCUGUGUGAGAAAAAAUGAUAAAUGUGUACAAGGGCUUUUCCCCGGUGCCGCUGACGCCAAAAAGAUCGAAUUCGAGAAUGCUAACGGCAUUCUUGACUCUGAAAAUCGCCCUCCUGGUAUUUAUGAUAAUGCCACAAAAUUGAUCUACCUAAAUGGCGACAUGGUAGAUAUUCACUCGAAGGUUUCCCAGCCAGGAGACUAUGUCUUCGUGAUACAGUAUUAUCAACCAGACCACCCUCAAUUUGAGCUAGAUGUGCUAGUACAAAACGGCAAGUUCUAUGAGGCAAAGGUACCAGUUCCUCAUUGUCCCAGCAAUAGCGGAUGUCGCAGUAUUGUACGUCAAAUUGACGACAACGAUAUCAGAUUUCAAUUGAUUGAAAACUUUGUUCUGACACUAAAAGAACCCGGCCGCGGCAUCUGGUUAGACUACGUUCUGGUGAUUCCAGCGGAUCAAUACAAUGAGAAGAUUCUCGAUAAAUUGCAGUUUGAUCAGACAAAAGAAUUCAUCAAACGUUGCGGCAACAAUCAUUUCCAUAUCAACGUCACCGAGGACGGCUUCUGUCGUGAUUCUAGCUAUUCUUUAACGGCCAAUUAUAAUAAUGGAGCAUUGCCUUGCAAUUGCGACAGCGUGGGUUCUACCAGCUUCGAGUGCGACAAAUUCGGCGGCCAGUGUCCCUGUCGACCAAACGUCAUCGGCAGACGGUGCGAGAGCUGCAAGACUGGCUUUUAUGGCUUUCCCAAUUGCAGACCGUGCAACUGUCCCUCUCUCUGUGAACGAGACACCGGUAGAUGUAUCUGUCCGCCCCGAGUGACGGGCCAACGAUGUGACCAGUGCGAGGUCGGCACCUAUGGGUUCCAUCCGAUCAUCGGUUGCGAGGAGUGCAAUUGUUCGCCCCUGGGCGUUUUGGAUGGUAACCUACAGUGCGAUUUACUCGACGGCAAUUGUCAUUGCAAGGAGAAUGUGGAAGGUCGUCAGUGUGAUCGUUGUCAUGCUGGUUAUUCACAAUUUCCUCAUUGUGAGCGCUGCGACUGCGAUUCACGCGGUACGACUGGCGAUAUCUGCGACCAAUACACGGCCGAGUGCUUCUGCAAAACGAACGUACAGGGUCUAGCAUGCGAUGUAUGUCGUGAGGGCACCUUCGACAUCCAGGCUGACAAUCCAGAUGGUUGUACCAAGUGCUUCUGUUUUGGCAAGACAACCAGAUGCGCCUCUGCGAGUCUUUAUUGGACUCAUCUUAUGGAUAUGUCUGGUUGGGAAUUGGUCACCUCCACCGAUAAAACUGGCAAUUUUACCAAUGUGCCAAUCUAUCCUGUGGAGAAUGCAACUACACUCACAAUCUCGCUCACCACCAAUGACAUCUUCGAUAAUGUCUACUUUUCGGCGCCCGACACCUACCUCGAUAAAAAAUUGACUUCUUAUGGUGGCUACUUCAAUUAUAGCGUCUACUAUAGCACGGGACCUUUCGGCAAAGCUAUCAGCGCUGCUGACGUGAUUCUUCAAGGUGCCGACACUACAUUGUUUUAUUAUUCCGAUGAGCAACCACCUUCCUUUACGAACUUUAGGGCCUCCGUUCGCCUCGUCGAGACGAACUUUUUAACUUACAACAGACUUAGCGCUACCAGAGAACAAAUCAUGGUUGUUCUCGAAGAUCUGCGUGGAAUAUACGUACGUGCCACGUACUGGAAUCCUAGCAUUACAGCUUCAUUAUCAUACGUGACUUUGGAUGUCACAACGGAACAGUACUCGGCUCAGUAUAGCAUCCCAGCUAGCAGCGUAGAGCAGUGUCAGUGUCCACCCAAUUAUCAAGGACUUUCAUGCGAGGAAUGCGCUCCAGGAUAUUAUAGGAUUAAAUCGGGACCAUACGGAGGAUACUGCGCGCCCUGUCAAUGCAACGGUCACGCAGCUACGUGUGACGUAAACACCGGAAUUUGUCAGAAUUGCAAGAACGGUACCAUUGGUGACCAUUGCGAGUACUGUGAGCAGGGUUACUACGGUAAUGCCACUGUGGGCACACCGACAGAUUGUCUGAUCUGUGCAUGCCCGUUGCCGGUUGCUUCCAAUAAUUUUGCCACCGGCUGCGAAGUAAAUGAAGAGGGCAAUAAGAUUAGCUGUGCCUGUUUGCCCGGAUACUACGGUGCUCGUUGCCAGUCCUGCGCCGCCGGUUACUACGGUAAUCCCGAGGUGUACGGCGAUUACUGCAAACCAUGCGAGUGUUCCGGCAAUAUUGACACCAAUCAAAUUGGCUCGUGCGACAGUAUCACCGGUCAAUGUUUGCAAUGUUUGAAUAACACCUACGGCGAAGCAUGCAAUCUGUGCGCCCCUGGUUACUUCGGCGACGCCGUGGAACGGAAAGAUUGCCGUAGCUGCGUAUGCGAUGAGUGCGGAAUGGAACAUUGCGACAGCUAUAGUGGUCAAUGUUUCUGCCAAGAAAACGUUAUCGGCGAGCGAUGCGAUCGCUGCGCUCCCGAUCAUUACGGCUUCGGAACCUGCAGCGGUUGCAGGCCAUGCGUCUGCGAUAUAGCUUCAAAGAGCAGUCAAUGUGACGGGGAAACAGGACAGUGCAAGUGUAUGCCAGGCGUCACCGGACGCAGAUGCGAUCAGUGUAUUCCGGGGUAUUGGAACUACGGACCGAACGGAUGCACAUCGUGCGAAUGUCACAGUGGAUAUUCCGUUGGUGUGUCUUGCGACACAGCCACUGGUCAAUGCACCUGUUUACCUGGUGUGAUUGGCGAAAAGUGCGAUCAUUGUCCAUAUCGAUACGUGCUGAUCCCAGCACAAGGUUGCUUUGCUUGCGGUUCUUGUACGGGAAAUCUUUUGGAUGUCACCGAUGAAUUGACCGAUUUGUUAGAUCCUGUCUCACGUGAAUAUAGUACUGUCGCAGAAGGUUACUUUACAAAUCAACGACUUAAAUUUAUCAACGACACGGUCAAUGAACUCUAUCCUGAAGUUAGAUUAUUGGAUCCAAGUCGGGUAAAUCUGUUGCCCUUGCAGAAAAAGCUGGAGCAAAUGGAAAAUGUAGUGUAUACUCAAAAACGAAAGAUUGAUUUCGCUGCCGACGACAGUAUCAAGUCAAAGGACAAUGCGGAGAAUACGUUGCAGAACAUGAAUUCUUUAGAGGAAGACAUGGUGCGCAAAAUUGAUCUAGUAAAUCAAAUUGUAUCAGAAGUGCAGUCACUGGCGCUAAAUAUUGAACUGGGAACGGGCGCUAAGGUCGAUAAUGCAUUGAAUGAAGCAAAGAAGAUUCUGAAAAGAAUCAAGGACGUUUCUUUUAUUAAAUAUCGAGACAAUGCCGUAGAUCAAGCGGAUCAGGCCAAUAUUCUGAUCUCCGAGAUGCAGGAGUAUAAUUUUCCAGCCAGCAACCAAAGCUUAGCUGUGGUUGACCUUAGCGACAAGAUCAAAAACGCCAGCGCCAAGAUGGAUGACCUACUGGACAUCGUGGAAAUAGCUCAAGAAAUUGCCAGUGGAGUGGAUAAACUGAAUCGAGAAAAUAGAAUUGCCGCACAGACUGGCAACCUCGAUGUUGUGAAAAAUUCUACUGCUGAAGCGAAAGAGGACUUAGAAGCUGGAGAGCAACUCAAAAAUAAUGCCAGCGAUGUCCUGUUUCAUGCAAGGACCAGUCUCGAUCUUCUUGGACAAACUAACACUAUUAAUGAUGCGACUGAUAGAUUGAACAACACCAUUGCUGUAAAUGAUGAACUAUUAAUCGAUCUAGCUGAACCGGUGCAGAAAGCCCGUACUCACGCUGCGUACUUGUAUAAUCAUUCACUAGAAUUGGAUAGUUUACUAACCGAUACUCGCAAUACUGAUGCGGUGAGAGCUGUUUCAGCAUAUAGAGAUAUUGAAACCGCAAUUGAAGCUGCAAAAGAUGCUGCAGACAAUGCCACAAUUGCUGUUAACAAUGCGACAUCAUUGACUGAUGGAAUUGAGCAAAAGAUGCUGGACUCUCGAAACGAGUGUUUCAAAUUGUUAGCCGCUGCGCAGCACGCUCUAACAAAAACGGUAGGCCAGCCCGAAAACGAUUUGCGAGAUGCAAGAAACAACGCGACUCUGAUUGACAACCAAAAUAAACGUAACAAGGAGCUCCUCGAUUCCAUCGACAAGACGCUCGAUAACAUUCCUUCGCAAUCGUCUUCAGUCGCAUAUGACGCCAUGAAUCAAGCGAUGAACAUCGAACGUAACAUCAAAAUCUCCAUCGAUAACAUGAACGACAUCGUGAAUCAAAUUCCGGAAGAUCUGCGGGAAACAAAGCAACUCUCGAAAAAUACAUCAGAGUCGAUUCGUGACGUCUCACAGGCGAACAAGCAGCUGGAUAUUGUAGACAAAGUGAUGCCAAAUAUUACCAGACUGCUAAACAGUCUGAAUGGUAAUCAGAAAUCAAUCGACACAAUCGGGAAUGACCUGCAAAGUAAAAUUGAAGCCCUGAGAAAUAAAAUUGCAAAUGCCCGAGAGCUAGCUAAUCGGUUCAAGACCGGUUUGACCUUCUACAGGAACACUACGUUGGAGCUGAAAAGUCCAGAGAGUCUGCCUCUAUUAGCUACUUCCACAAAAAUAUCUCUGUAUUUCAGAACCAACAAAACCAAUGGCUUUUUACUGUAUCUCGGCAAUGAGGAGAAAACAAAAUUACCACGCUCAAAAACGCAUGACUUCACGGCGUUACUGAUUGAAAGCGGAUAUCCUGUGCUUAUAGUCGAUUUGGGAUCCGGACCAGAGAAAAUAAUUCAUACCAAAUUCGUAUCGGAUAAUGUAUGGCGGCAGAUAAUUAUCGAUAGGACUGGCAAGAAUGUCAAGUUAAUCGUUCGCGAGGAUAUUGGCGAGGGCAAGGAUAAAUUAUAUGAGAAGGAGCAGGUUUUGACAACUCCGUAUUAUAUUUUUAAUGUGGACCAGGAGCAUUCAAAGCUCUUCGUUGGUGGUUACCCAUCGUCCUUCCGUAUCCAAGAUGCAGUGACUGCAUCAUCAUUCGAGGGCGAGAUGGAGGAAUUGAUGAUAGGUGAUAUACCAGUGUCCUUCUGGAACUUUGUCGAUGGCGAGAACAACCAAAAGAGCGCGCUCGAACGUGACAAGUUAAUUAAUUUUGCACCUAGCAGAGGAUAUCGCUUUGACCGACAUGGUUAUGCAAUUCUUAGCAAAAAGAGCUCGCAGAUUACGCCAGAUACCAGAAAGUUUAUUAUCAAACUAUCUUUUAAGACUUACGUGGAGGACGGAUUGAUUUAUUUAAUGGGCAAGGGUAAACAGUUCUUGUCUCUGGAAAUGAGAAACGGUCAGUUGUUGUAUCAAUAUGAUCUUGGAGAAGGUACGAUCGUUUUGAAGUCUUCGGAUAAAUACAAUGAUGGUAACUGGCACACUCUGGAAGCUAUCAGACAGGAUACGAUGGGCGCGCUCAAAGUUGACGAUCACAUGGUCGCGUCGAGUCAAGAGAAAGGAAUUACCAAGCCCUUUGUUUCAUCGGAUCAUAUUUAUUUCGGUGGAUAUCCACCCAACGCAAAGCAUCGUUAUGAAUCAGUUACAAACAAUGGUUUCGAAGGUUGUAUCAAUGACGUCGUUAUCCUUGACACUUCAGUUGAUCUCACGCGCAACGUGCAAGCGUUCGGAGUCAUGCCUGGUUGUCCAGUCAGGUUUGCCAGUCUUGUCUCGUUCGAGAAAAAUACGCCCGGUUAUGUGAGAUGGCGCAAUUUAGCGUCUAAUGGUCUACAAGUGAAUCUCAAGUUCAAGACAUCGGCCAGCGACGGUCUAAUUUUCUACGCAACCAACAACGAUCAGCAAAGCGCGGCUAUUAGUUAUCUGUCACUAGUAGACGGUCAGUUGGUAUUGAGUAGUCAGGGUGAGGAACUUAGAACCAGCCCGUCGGAUGUGAAGUUCAACGAUAAUGAAUGGCACGUGGUAACCGCUACUCAUGACAAUUCGGCUCUUCUCCGCCUUGAUAUUGACGACACGAACUACUACAGCACUGAUUCGGCGCCGCCACCACUACAUUUCCUAUAUGGUGAUUUAUAUAUCGGUGGCUUACCAUUAAAUUUCGACAUGGACGGACGGAAAAUUAUGCCUUUUGUUGGCUGUAUUGGCGACGCGACCCUCAACAGUGAGAUUAUUAUCAAUUUCGCCAAUACAACUGAAAGACCACACGCGUUUCUAGGAAAGUGUAAAGGCGGAGAUCAAACGCUUUUACCACCGAUCGUCGAACCUGAAUUUUUGCCACCUUUAUUACCACCGGAAAGUCCAGAGGAUACAAUAGAGUUGUCGACUCAAAUCAAUAUAAUAGACGUCGACAUAGAUAAAGAGGAUGAUAAAGAAGAAGAAGAACCAGAGCUGGAAGGACGAUUUAAUAUAGACAAAUAUGAUUUCACUACUACACAGAAACCAACUGAGCAACCUGAAAAUGUCGACAAGUGUCACUUGCCAUACUACCCGGCAACGGACCCUGAUCUUGAGAAGGCUUGGCGAUUUGGCACUGCGAGGAAUAGUAGAUUAGAAUAUAGAACACUAAAUGGAAGAUACAAAGAUGACUACGAUUUCCAGAUUGAUAUAAAAACAAUGGCCGACGAUGGAAUUAUAUUUUAUACUUCCGACCUUAGUAAACAAGACUUAAUUGCCGUGUACAUGCUGGGUGGAAAAAUUCAUUAUAAAUUCGAUUGCGGAAGCGGACCGGCGUUAUUAGUGAGUGACAAAAUGAUCAACAACAAUCAGUGGCAUAUCGUGAUUUUCAAGAGACAAGGUAAUUACGGUCAACUGAUUGUAGAUGAAGAAGAACCAGUGGCCGGAUAUUCACUGGGACAUACCACUACUAUCAAUGUCAAUCCGCCAUUCUUCGUGGGUGGCAUUUUACCAGAAAUAUCCAGCUUUGCAUACACGAAUAUUGGUCUUAAUAAAACAUUCAGUGGGUGUCUUGGAAAUUUCAUGAUGAACGGACAACUCGUUGGAGAACCAUCGGAAAAAAUAGGCGUAAUACCUUGCUCAAAAAGAGUCGAGCCCGGUUUAUUCUUUUUCCCAGGAAAUGGCAGUAAUUUAUUCAAAGCAGUUGAUCGAUUUAACGUGGACCGUACAGUUGACAUUCAAAUGGACAUAAAACCGCGAUCGACAUCUGGACAUUUGCUAUCGGUACAUGGCAAAAGGGAUUAUCUUGUAUUAGAAAUGGUUAAUGGUACUGUCAAGUUCCUUAUAAGGACACAGAGAGGCUCGAUCGAGACUGCUUUCGAACCAACAAAACCAAACUCUCUAUGCGACGGCCACUGGCACAAUAUUCGAGCCGUCAAACAGAAAAAUGCGGUACUGCUAUCGGUCGAUCACAAACCGGCACCGCCCGGAAUCGGUGGCAAAAAUGUGGCAAGAGUUUUGUCGAAACAUCCGAUAUUCAUCGGUGGUCAUCCGAUGCUCGGAAGAAGACUACGAGGAAGCACCUCGCAAGCUCAGUAUGUUGGCUGCAUCAAUAAUAUUCUGAUCAAUAUGAAACCCGUCAGCAUCAGGCCUGAACGAGCCUAUGGACAAGUUAUCACCGGUGUAUGCCCAACAAUUUAA